AUGCUACAAAGCAAGCCGCAGGCUGCAGCGGUUUAUACCUUGAGUCAAGCACACACGGUAAAGUCGGUUCGCCCAGGCGAUCACUAUGUCAUCUGCGACGCUGGUGGAGGGACGGUGGACUUAAUCACCUACCGUGUCAAGAAAAUAGAUCCUUUGGAGUUAGUCGAGAGCAUCCCUGGCGCUGGGGAAGCUUGUGGAUCGAUCUUUCUGAACCGCGCAUUUGAAGCCUUUCUAAAAGAUAGCUUGGGGAGAUACUACAACGGUCGUAGGAGCGAACAGCUAGAGAGGUGUUUGGAAGAUAUGCGUCGUCGUUUUGAUGUCGAGAUCAAGCAACACUUUACUGGGAAUCGGGACGCUAGGUGGAACUUUUGGCUUCCACCAGAGUUGUAUGGAGCCCAAAUAGAUGGCACAGAGGAAAACUGUCUGAUCAUCACUGGACGCGACGUCACGCAUACGUUCGAACCCACUAUCAUUAGGGUGCUCAGUAUCAUUCGCGCCCAAAUUACAACCCUCUUCAACCGGCGGGGCUACCGUCCUCGAUUGGCCGGAAUUGUGAUGGUUAGUGGAUUUGGCCAAAGUAGCUACCUAUUCAAGCGAGUGAAGGACGAGUUUGAGCGUCUAGCUGAAAUCACUCAACCUCCUGAUGCCUGGGCAUCAGUGACCCUAGGGGCUCUAAGCUGGGGAAUGAGCAAUCAGACCGUUACGGCAAGAAAGCUAACGCGGUGUUACGGUCAAGAGGCCCAUUUGAAAUACAAUCCCGAUUGUGGAUACCCAAGUGUGCGCCAUCCUUUCACUGGUGAACGAUCUCACAGGGCUAUGCAGUGGUUCGUCGUGGCAGGCAACGAAGUAUCUGUUGACCAGCCUUUGGAAUCCCCGUUAAUUCCCGUUAGUAGCUUACUGUGA